CUGACACAUUAUAAUUGGAUCAUAUCAUCAUCUCCCAGCAUUUAUAACCUUUACGGCUAAACCUGUUUGUUUCCUAACGUAAUGCUCCCCAAAAUCACCAAAAAAGAAAAAAAGAAGUUUAAAAUGAAUAUAUCAUUAAUAAUGUUGGACGUGACUGCAGGAUAAGUCCAAAAACGAUUUUCAUAUGACCAAUUAAAAAAUCCUUCUCCAUAUAUCACGCCAAAUCACAAUCAAUUCUCGGAGAUCACACAAUUCCCUUUCGCUUCAUUUCUUCACCUGUGUUGUGUCAUGUAAAGAAUAGUGACUAUCAGAGAUUUAGGAUAAAAAGCAGUGAGGAUUGUUGUAUCUGAUCAUUACAAUUUUUUGGGGGGGUUGUUUUGUUGGAAAAUGGCAAAUUGUUCUUCGUCCAAUCUGCAAGAAAUUUCAGGCUGGGAUCCGUCUGCAACAACAACAGUACUAACAACUAUGGACAACAUGCAGCCUUAUCUGCAGGCUGAUGGGGGAAAACUUCAUUAUCCAGACGAAUCUUUUCACCUUAAUGGUAACAAUUAUCCCUUCUCCUUUCAAUAUCCUCCUCCUUGGUCUUUUCCCUUUGAAGGGUUCGCGGAUGGUAGGGCUGCAAGUUCCUCCAGAAGCCACAGUGAAGCCGAGAAAAGGCGUCGGGACCGGAUUAAUGCGCAGCUUGCUACUCUCAGACGACUUAUUCCCAGGUCUGAAAAGAUGGAUAAGGCGGCUCUGUUAGGUAGCGUGGUGGAGAAAGUAAAGGAUAUGAAGAACAAAGCAAAUGAGAUAAGCAAAGUGAUUCUGAUUCCUACUGAGAUCGAUGAAGUGACAAUUGACGAAUUCCCGGAAAGCUCCAGUGCUUCUAACCAUACCAAUAUCCAGCUGCUAAAAACUUCCAUCUGCUGUGAUGAUCGUACGGAACUAUUUUCCGAGCUGAAAAGAGCCCUGAAAAGCCUCCGGCUAAACGUUAUGCAUGCUGAUAUGGUCAGCUUGGGAGGCAGAAUUAAAUGCGUGUUUAUACUUCGCGCCGGUGAGGGAGAAAGGGUUUGCAUGGAUACGGUGAAACAGUCACUGAGAGUGGCGUUGACUGAAAUUCUGAACACAUGCAGCAGUAAUAGUGGAUCAAACUAUAGGGUUAAAAGUAGAAGGCAGAGGUUCUUUUUGCCUUCUGAUCAAAUGAUUUGAUAUUCUUAUAUGGUAAAAAAUAAUAAAAGUGAAAAAGUUAAUUUAUGUGAUCAUGAAGCAGUAGGCAGUAGCUAACUAUAGAGCUAGGGAGCACAUUGUGGGGUAGAUAAUUUAGUGUUGGAGACAUGAAAUUGCUGUUGAAAUUUUGGACUAUUUAUCAGUAUCAUUGUCAUUGGAGAAUUCAAUUUGGCGCAUUGGGGAGAAAUUGGAUCACAAAAAAUUUAAGGACAUUCUUAUCACUUGAGAAAAUAUACCGCAAAAAAAAAAAAAUCAUAUUGAGUUUUAAGACUUGAAUUAUUAAGUGCAAAAUCGGUACACAAAUCUCAAAAUUUAAUGUAGAUUUUUUUAUUGGG